UAUUUUGACGCGCAUGUUGAGGACUUGUAUUUUGACGGGUUGUUGUUCGAUCGCUGUCUCCGCUGGUUGUGUCUGGCUUCCGGCGCGCGCACAGAAGCGACCCGGAAAACUAAAGUCGAGUUGAACUGAAGAGAUGGCGGCAAUCCGUAAGAAGCUGGUGAUCGUGGGCGACGGCGCCUGCGGGAAGACCUGCCUGCUCAUCGUCUUCAGCAAAGACCAGUUCCCCGAGGUCUACGUGCCCACCGUCUUCGAGAACUACGUGGCCGACAUCGAGGUGGAUUGCAAGCAGGUGGAGCUGGCGCUGUGGGACACGGCGGGUCAGGAGGACUACGACCGGCUGCGGCCGCUCUCUUACCCCGACACCGACGUCAUCCUCAUGUGUUUCUCCAUCGACAGCCCCGACAGCCUCGAGAACAUCCCUGAGAAAUGGACUCCGGAGGUCAAGCAUUUCUGCCCCAACGUUCCCAUCAUCCUGGUGGGCAACAAGAAGGACCUGCGCAACGACGAACACACUCGCCGCGAGCUCUUCAAGAUGAAGCAGGAGCCGGUCAAGCCCGAGGAGGGCCGAGACAUGGCCAACCGCAUCUGUGCCUUCGGAUACAUGGAGUGCUCCGCCAAGAGCAAGGACGGCGUGCGGGAGGUGUUUGAGAUGGCCACCAGGGCGGCGCUGCAGGCCCGCAAGGGCAAGAAGAGCAGCAAGUGCCUGCUGCUGUAGACGGACUGCUCCUUCCCUUUUAUUCCUUUUAACUGCAUCGGUUCAUCUAGUGUUGAGAGUUUAUGUCAGUAUUUAACGUUUCUGUUUGUACGCCACUGGAUUCGCAGCGAACACACAGAUAUGCAACGACAGCAGAUCAGGACCGCGGACCAGACUUGAAAUGCAUUCUUUUGUCUUUCAAGAUCAGCAGAAUUUGGUAUGUUUGUGUAUUAAAGCCUUUAUAAGACA